CGGCUUUUGAUAAUUUUACCUCAUGUUUAGUGAAAUCUAUUUGGUUUGAUAUAUUAACAAUAUUAUUGCGCAUAAUACACAAAUUACAAAUUAUUAAGUUCUUAUGGGCCUACCAUUGCUAUCAUAUAUUACAUUCAUUUAUAUACCGUACAUAAAUGGUUCUGACUGCGCGAUUUCCUCCCAACCAUAAUGCUGGCCCUCUUCGUAUAGGCCUAAGUGAAAUAUUAUUGAGUACAACGUAAAACACCAAUCAAAUAAAUAAAUCUUUUCUCUUUGAUUUAGUAUUGUCAUAAUUUACUCUAGUGAAAUAGUUUUGGCAUUUAGUGUACAGAUCAUUCGUUUACUUGUCAUUUUGUUUUGUCUGAAAUUUUGCUAGAGGUCAAUAGGUCAACUAGAUCUGCCUUGGACAUGUCUCGGUUAUAAGUGGUCAUUCACUUUGCCACUCUCAGGCUACCAAAUGUCAAACUGACUCAUCUGAGGUACUGUCUAAUUUGACUGUUCAGAGUUUCGGGCAAAGACAGAGCAGCAAGGUGCCCAUCACUCACGUUUCUGAGGAAUAGAAGUUAUCUUAAGAUGGGUUCCUCACAAUUUGAACUUUAUGUGAAGGCUGACAGCAGUGGAAAGGCCAUAGGUGACUGUCCCUUCAGUCUUAGAACUUUGAUGUACUCGAAUCUCAAAGUCGAAGACUGGCCCAGUGUGUUUAAAGUCAUCCCAGUUGAUUUUCAGAACAAACCUCCCGAAUUUUUGAAGCUUAAUCCUGCAGGGACCACUCCUGUUCUUGUUGACAAAGAGAACGGCAACGUAAUCUCGGAUUCAGGGGAGAUAACCAAGUAUAUUAAUGACACAUUUCCAUUAGUAGACACCCAACAUGGGUAUGAAGGGCAAGCUGUUGAAGCUAUAGCUGGUAUUUUUGGAAAGCUUGUGUCUCUUUUGAAGAACAGUGACCCUUCUCAAACAGCACAGCUGAAAGAGGCAUUGACAGCUGAACUGAGAAAGCUGGAGACCUUCCUGGCAAGCCCGAAGCACAAGGGAAAGUACCUUCUUGGGAAUAACCUCUCAGAAUUGGACUGUUCACUGCUGCCAAAACUGAAGCACCUGCUAGUUGCAGGUAGCCAUUACAGAAACUAUUUCAUCCCAGAUGACAUGGUGUACAUUCAUAAAUAUUUAAAAAAUGGCCUGGAAAGCACUUGCUUUCAAGCAGUGUGCCCUCCAGAUGCUGAAUUUGUACAUGGAUGGAAACGUCAUGGAAUUACACCUGAUUCUAAGUAGGAACUCUUCCAUACUGGUGCAUAGAGGCAGUAGAUCUAUAUGCAUGUUGAAAUGUGUUAGUGUGUCACUACUGCAUAGACCCGACUUGAACAAAGAAUACAGGGCCCAGUUCAUGAAAUAAAAAGCAGU